AUGGCGCUCCCCGGGGCCCGAGCCCGCGGCUGGGCGGCAGCGGCCAAAAUUGCCCAGAGGCGCCGCCACGCCGAGGGCGCGAGAGGAUCCUCGAGUCGUGCGCCCCCGAGCUCGCGCGCGGCGCUUUACGUGCACUGGCCGUACUGUGAGAAGCGCUGCAGUUACUGCAAUUUCAACAAAUACAUCCCCCGCGGCGUGGAGGAGGCAGCCAUGCGGAGCUGUCUGGUGACCGAGGCUCAGACGCUGCUGCGACUCAGCGGGGUGCGGAGGGUGGAAUCUGUGUUCUUUGGAGGGGGCACCCCUAGUCUGGCCAGUCCCAGCACUGUGGCUGCUGUCCUGGAGGCGGUGGACCAGGCAGCUCACCUGCCUGCAGACUCCGAAGUCACAUUGGAGGCCAACCCCACUUCGGCCCCCAGAGCCAGGCUGGCAGCUUUUGGGGCUGCAGGGGUCAACAGGUUGUCCAUCGGCCUCCAGUCCCUGGAUGACACCGAGCUCCAGCUGCUGGGGCGGACACACUCGGCCAGAGAUGCUCUCCAGACACUGGCAGAGGCCCGGCGCCUCUUCCCCGGCCGCGUGUCUGUGGACCUGAUGCUGGGGCUGCCGGCCCAGCAGGUGGGGCCGUGGCUCGGGCAGCUGCGGACGCUGCUGGGCUGCUGUGACGACCACCUCUCCCUCUACCAGCUGACCCUGGAGCGGGGCACCGCACUCUUCACCCAGGUGCAGUGGGGCACCCUUCCUGCCCCUGACCCCGAGCUCGCUGCUGAGAUGUACCAGGAGGGACGGGCCAUGCUCCGGGAGGCCGGCUUCCGCCAGUAUGAGGUCUCCAACUUCGCCCGGAAUGGGGCGCUCAGUACCCACAAUUGGACUUACUGGCAGUGCGGUCAGUACCUUGGCAUUGGGCCGGGGGCCCACGGGCGAUUUGUGCCCCAGGGGGCUGGGGGCCACACCCGGGAGGCUCGGAUCCAGACCCUGGAGCCGGACAACUGGAUGAAAGAGGUGAUGCUGUUUGGGCACGGCACCCGGAGGCGCAUCCCCCUGGGCCAGCUGGAGCUGCUAGAGGAAGUUUUGGCCAUGGGGCUACGUACAGAUGUGGGGAUCACUCACCAGCACUGGCAGCAGUUUGAGCCCCAGCUGAGCCUCUGGGACGUGUUUAGAUCAAGCCGGGAGGUGAAGGCACAGCUGGCUCAGGGCCUGUUGCUGCUGGAUCACAGGGGUCUUCGGUGUUCCUGGGAGGGUCUGGCUGUGCUGGACUCUCUGUUGCUGACCCUCCUGCCUCGACUCCAAGAGGCCUGGCAGCAGAGAACCCCCUCCCCUGUGCAAGGAGGAUGACCCGACGCUCCUGUGUCCCAGGACCAUGCCAGGCUUGAAGCUACUGUAUCUGCCCAGUGCCAGGUAGCUGGACUUGGUAUCUCUGUUGUCCCUCCCGAAGAGGCUCCAGCGGUGAAACCAUCCACUUCCUGGGACAGGACUACAUGCUGCAAAGAAAAGGACGUGAAAUAAUAGGAUCGCUGUAGAAUCAGUGUUUGUGGCCGCCGUGCCCAAGAAUUCAUACCUGGAAACCGAAUCCUCAAGGUGAUGAUAUUAGGAGGUGGGACCUUUGGGCGGUGACUAGGUCAUGGGGGUGGAGCCUUAGUGCCUUUCUAAAAGAGGCCCCAGAGGACCCCUGGUCCCUUCCACCACAUGAGGACAUGGAGAGAAGAUGGACGUCUGCAAACCAGGAAGUGGACCCUCAGCAGACCCCAGAUCUGCCGGCACCUUGAUCUUGGACUUCCCCGUCUCCAGAACUGAG